AUGGAAGUGAAUGGUGAACCAGAUAUAGCUGGUAUUUUCAGCACGGCUUUAAUGCCAUUGAAAUAUAUGAAAGAUGCAGAUAUUUUGGACCAGUAUGAAAUGAACAUGGCUGAGGGAAAUAUAACACCUGACGUUCUAGAACAUUUAUCUCAAAGAACUACACAGAACCAUAGAGAUGGUAUAUUUGGUGAAGAGUUUAGAAAGAGAGUUAGGGAGAGAGAAGGAAGAGAACCUAUUGUAUAUGACCUUGCAAACGAAAGUUUGCAAAAUGUCAUAAAAACUUACUUUGCAGACAAUGAACCGAGAAGGGAUGAAUAUUUAAGAAAACUCAAAUGGACAGUACCAAAUGAAAUGUUAGUAUUGAAAAACAUGUUCCAUGACAAAAUAAAACCAACUACAGAAAUAAAUGACGCAAGACUGAAACGUUGGGUAAAAGCUUUCCCAUUCACAAAAGAUAUUAUUGGUAACAUGGAAAGAAAACCAGAAUGGCUACAAAAACAUAUAUUUGGAAACGAGCUUAUUCCAUAUGGACAAGCUCUGUUUGAAGAGCUUGAACCGGAAACUCAGGAAAGAGUCAUGCAAACAAUACGCGAAGACUCAAAUACAAACUAUGACAAAAUCUUUCUAGGAUAUAGGUUACCUGAGAUGGGCGACCAGAGCCCAAAGGCAAAAAGGACAUGGGAAAUUUACAACAUACUAGGUGAACAUGAGGCAAAGAUGCAACAACUUGAAGCAGAGGGCAAGUUACCAAAAGCGACACCAAAGAAGAAGAGUAGAACAAAGUGA